ACCUCUGCUCUGCCUCCUCGGGAUGGACGGAGGCGCUGCUGCGGCGGAGAGCCGAGCCGUGCGUCUCCUCUCCGGAUCGCGGCGGAUUUCCUCCGGCAUGUUGCGGCUGUGAGGAGAGGACGACGCGCGGCAGCAGCGGGAGCGCGAGACGACGCCGCGACCCCGGACUCCAUCCCGGCGCCCGCAGCGAUCCGAGAAACAUCAGGGAGUGAAUGCAGACGGAGCCGCCUCGCUCCAUCCUCUGUGUGAAGGACGGGAGUCACUGGAGGCCAUCCUCAUGAGGGCACGCCGCUGCUUGCUCUGCUCUAAGAAACAUUGAGCUGGGAGGCGAGGGCUCCCCGAGGCAGAGCAGAGCGAUGGGCUGCGGCGGGAGCAGGACCGACGCUCUGGAGCCUCGCUACCUGGAGAGCUGGACUAAAGAGACGGAGUCCACGUGGCUGACCAGCACCGACACCGACAUCCCGCUGUCCUCCAUCCACAGCAUCCCCUCCGAGCACUCGGAGGCUGGAUUCACCUCAGAGAAAACCAUCAGCCCCGUUCCAGACUUCUUUGAAGACACCCUCCCGCCUCCUGCUCAGGCCUACCUGAAGGUCUGCUCGGCCGUGUCUGAAGCCAGCCUCAACGACGUGAAACCCAGCAGCCCGCCCAAAAUACUGGCCUCCCCGCCACAGGACGGCGGGCCGCCUUCGUCCGGGACCACGGUGCAGCGCAGGAGCGUCCUGCACACCGAGGAGAUCACCAAGUGGCAGGAUAACCGCAUGUCCACCAAGCAGGUGACGAUCACGGUGACCCAGAGCAUCCACCAGGUGGACAAGAACGGGAAGGUGAAGAAGUCUCUCACCACCUACGAGGUGAUGAAGCCUGUGGAAGCCCUCAAGCAGGUGGCCACUCAAAACACGUGAGGUCAGGCGAGGCCGCAACGAGCCCAGAAACGUGCUUUUUGGUGAACACACACUGAAAGGUGGAAGCACAGGAGAGAGACUGGAGGUGGGAUCAUGUUUAACGUAUUGUGUUUGACACUGUGUGAUGUUUUACUGUACUUUGACACAGUGGGAGACAAAGACACGGCCUGGUCGGAGAAGAUGUUUUACAGUACAUGCAGCAUCAGAGGGAAAAGGAAAAUCAUGUUGUAAACGCAGACAAAUCGACUCGGUUCAUAUAUAUUUGUGUAAAUCCGUUAAUAUAAAAAUAUGUUCUAGUCUUAGUAUUUGGCAUCGAUACACGACCUGUCGUAUCUGCUGGAACAAUCCAUAUGGCUCUCAGGAAAGCUGAUUUGAUGGCGAUUGCACUUUUUGCAGUGAAGACCCGGACCGGAGCUUGUGAUGAUGACACUGUCCAACUGCUUUGUGUUGUUUUGUAGAAUACAGUGUUCUCUUUUCUAUCUGGUGACGUGUGUUUUCUAAUGACAAUAAAUUAAACCAAACGGUUGCGGUCCUCAUUUUAAAUUCCUUCAUAUGAACGAACAUGCAGGAAGUAUACACAGCAGUCCUG